GGAGAAACAAGCACACCAAGAAGAUCGCCGUUCCUACCAAGACGAAACUGAAGAAAGACCCUGGCAUCCCGCGCCUGCCCGACCUCAAAGUGCGCAAUGCCGAGAAAGAGCGCAUCAGACUGUCGCCCACCCUCCACCGCGCCGACCCGGACACGCCCAUGGCCUCCGAGCCGACGCUCUCCUCGCUCGCGCAGCUCGCCGCCCACGCCGAACCCAACCCCGACGACCCCUCCGCCUCUGGUGCGAACGCGGGCAAGACGAAGGAGCAGCUGAGAAGACACCACCUCCGCGCGCUGCACAAGGUGAUCGACCAGAGCGACAUCGUCGUCCUCGUGCUCGACGCGCGCGACCCGGAGGGGUGCCGCAGCCGGCUCGUCGAGGAGGAGGUGCGGCGGCGCGAGAGCGAGGGCAAGAAGCUCGUCUUCGUGCUGAACAAGAUCGACCUCGUCCCGCGCGAGAACGCGCAACAGUGGCUGCGCUACCUGCGGCACACGACGCCGACGCUGCCCUUCCGCUGCGCGCCCUCCACGCAGCGCAGCAACCUGUCCACCGCGACGGCGCCCGCGCUGCUGCGCCUGCUCAAGGCGUACAAGCCGCACGCGCAGAGCCUCACCGUCGGCGUCGUGGGCUACCCGAACGUCGGGAAGAGCAGCCUCAUCAACUCGCUCAAGCGGUCCAAGGCGUGCGGCGUCGCGGCGCAGCCGGGGCACACGCGGGAGCUGCAGAGCGUGCAGCUCGAGCGCGGGCUGCGCAUCGUCGACUCGCCCGGCGUCGUCUUCGACGACGACGACGACGACUGGGAUGAUAACGGCAAGGGCACGGGCAGGAAGGGGAGCGUGCUCCUCCGGAACGUCGUCAAGGUCGAGGACGUGGAGGAUCCGAUCGCCGUCGUGGAGGAGAUUGUAGCGAGGACGGAGAAGGAGACGUUGCAGAAGAUAUACAACCUCCCGCCGUUCGGCUCGACGCUCGAGUUCCUCACCAUGCUCGCGAUGACCACGGGGCGGCUGCUCAAGGGCGGCACCCCCGACCUCCUCGCCACCGCGCGCCACGUCCUCACGGACUGGAACCACCAAAAGAUCCCGUACUGCACGCGGCCGCCCGCGGUGCACCCGUCGCUGCUCCCCUCCAAAGACGGGGACGGGCAGGUCGCGCGGGGCGCGGAGAGCGUGGGCGAGGCGAAGAUCGUGGGCGCGUUCGCGCCGGCGUUCACCAUCGAGGGCCUGUUCGGCCAGGCGGACCGGGGCGCGUGGGAGGACGCGGAGAUGCAGGUCGAGGAGGCGGCGGGGGCGGGGGCGGGGGCGGGGAUGGAGGAGGACGGCGCCGCGAUGGAAGCGGACGAGCCCGCUCCCGCUGCGCUGCAGCGCAAACGCCCGCGCUCGCGCUCGCGCUCCCCGCCCCCGUCGCCUUCCAUGGUAGACUCGGAGACGGAGACGGUCCCGCGCGCGCCGAAGCGCCUCCGGCGGUCGAAGGACGUGGGCGACGGGCACGCGGCGAUGGCGGGGCGCAACCCGCUGAGCCGGCGGGUGCUGAAGCGCGAGGCGAAGAAGAGCAGGCGG